AUGGCGCAGCCCAUCCCACCCCCAGUCGCCAAACUCCCCGCCUCGACUCCCACAACCCGCCUCUCCCGCGCCGACACCUCAUCCCUGACACUAUCAACCAACACCACCAUCCUCCACUGCGCCGCCCUCCUCGCAGGAGCCGACUCACCACCACCAACACCAACACCGACCAGCCACCAUCCCGCCUCCCGAACCACCAACCCAGACCCACAAGCCCUCCAGGCCCUUACCCUCGCCGACGCAGCCCUCCGCCGCGCCGCGCAGGCCCGCCGCCCCGACCUGGUCGCCAAGGCGCAGCUGUUCCGCGGCCACGGGCUCCGGGCGCUGGGGCGGUGGCGCGAGGCCGGGGCCGCGUACGUGGCGGCGGCGUGCGUGAGGUCCUUCGCCGCCGACGGGGGGCCGGAGGGGUUGGAGGCGUUGACGAGGGAGUGUGCUCUCAGGGCUGGGCGGGAGGAGAAUAGGGUGGUUGGGGGGGAGAGGGGAAGGGAGGAGAGUGCAAGGGAGGAGGGGAGAAGUGGGGAGGUGGUCCCGCAGGAAGUCGCGAACCGUGGCCGGUUUCGCGCCCAAGGCGUUGUGGAGAGGGAAAGAGAGGAGGAAGAGGAGCGGUGGUGGUGGAGGAGGAGGAUAACGAAGGGGUUGGCUGGCUUGCCUGUGGGAUAG